UUGCUCACAUACACCACAUUCAAUGGUGUAUAAGAAGCAUUAGAACUCCUGAUAGAAGAAGAGUUUUGGAACAGAAGACAGGCAGUGCAAUGGCUGGGGCUUCUCACUUCAUUUGGAUUUCCCUGUUUCUCUCCUGGAUCUUUCAAGCUUCGGACAACAUACAUGUCCAUCAGGAGGUGACAACAGAAAAUUCAGAGGUGGCCCGCAUCCUUUCACGGAUUCCAAUAACACUACCAGAAGGAAUUGAUCCCAAGAAUAUAAAUGUAACGUCAAUUAUUAUCAAAACCUGUACUGAUAUGAAGGAACAGUUUAUAUCGCUGAACAGGAAACUUCAGGAGACAACUCUCCACAACAGGCAACUAGAUGAAGAAGCUUUUGGGCUGAGGAGUGAAGUCAGGCUGCUGAGACUGCAGCUUGCUACAUGCAGUUCAACAGCCUCAGCUGUUACUGGCUCUUAUAAAACCCAGCUGCAUAACAGACUGAAACAGCUGCUGGAGACGUUUGAUAGUAAUACAUUUCUGAUUCUGAGAGUCAUUCCACUCACCAGGGAAGUGAAAACAUUAGAGAGGAAGAUCAAACUUGCUGCUAAUUCUACUGAAACUACCACUGAUAUCAGAGCACUACAGCAUGAGCUGCAGGAGAAGAUUAAUGAACUACAUGCUAAGAAGCAGCAAAUUGAAAGAAGCCAUACAAACUCAGCAUUAAUUCUUGAGAUCAUCUCACUGCAAAAUCAAAUCUGGGAUUUGGAACAGGAGGAAUCAAGAGGAGGAGAAACUAGUUCUCAGCACAAGAAGAGAAUAACAGCUCUACAAGAACAACUCGUAAGGAAGAUCAGUGAGUUGCGAGGCAAAGGAGAUGCUGACUCAGCCCUGCUGGAGCUGAUUUCUGUGCACAGCAAGAUUACAGUGACACAGAGGCUCAUUGGUAUCCAAAUAGAGAAAUCCAGAACUGAUGCUGUUGAGUACCAGAGGCAGUUUAGACAAAAGGGUGAGCUCCUUAAAAAGAAGAUUUUACAGUUAUCUCGUGAGGAGAACAACACAGAACUUACCAAGGACAUUUUGACUCUGCAGACUGAAGUGGAGCAUUUUAGACAGUUACUGUUAAAUGCCAGAACGAUAACUGAUUCCCGACUUAAAGAACUGAGAGUUAUUUUGGAGGAGGAGAAGAAACAGCAAGAAAACUUACAGAAACAACUAGAGGAAACAGACUAUGCCCAGUCACAAAUGAUCAUGAAGAUCAUCAGCGUAAUGAAAGAAGUGAGAGAACUGCAGGAUAAUGGGCAACAGCAAGCCACCACUCUUGAGGCUCUACUUCAAGCCAAAGAAAGGGAAUAUGCCAAAGCUCAGACUGAAAUAGAGGAGCUGCAGAGGAAACUGCGAUUAAAGAGUGAAGAAUGCUCUGGACUUGAGGAAAGAUAUGCAUACAUAAAUGACAUAAAGACUGAAUUUGAGCAGAAGAUUGCAGAACUCAACAGGACCGAAGACUCCAAAGCAGCACUCAUUCUGAGUGUGAUAAACCUGCACAAUGAGCUGAAGACUCUGAGGGAUCUGAUCCCAACCACAGCAGACCCAGAAAGGAUCUCAGAGCUGCAGAGGCAACUGGAGGAGAAACAAGUGGAGCUGAACUCCAAGACUGAAGACAUAGAGAGACUGAUUCCCAACCCCAAAAUAAUUUUAACAAUCAUUGAGCUGCAGGAUGAAAUCUGGGACCUUCAGAAAAAGGCUACCAAUGGGACCAGGAGUAACCAUGUUAAAGAGUUGCAAGACAGAGUGGAUGGCCUUAUCAGUGAAAUAGAUGACAGAGGCCACGAAAACACAAAACUCAUACUGAAAAUUAUGACACUAGAGAGUCAGGUGGAGCAGCUGCAGAAUCAGUUGUCAGACCUUCAGGAGUUGCAGACCACUCAUGGGACCCAGCUCAGACAUGAACUUAAAACCAAGAGGAAGAAACUGCAGGAUUAUGUCACUGAGCUCCGUGAGAAGAAUCAGACAAAGGCCCAGUUAAUUCUGAGAAUCAGUAAUCUGCACAACCAACUCAGAAACCUGGAAGGAGAACGGCACAAUAUAAACACAUCUUUAACAAUUAUGCGACUGAGGGAACAGCUGAGGGCAAAAAUGGUGGAGCACUCUCGUGAUCUGACUGAGAUCAACAUCCUUCAGAAUCUGCUUCAAACCAAUAAGAGGGAACUGUCCAUUACUCAGGCUCACGUUGAAGAGCUGCAGAGGAAACUGCGAUUAAAGAGUGAAGAAUGCGUUGGACUUGAGGAAAGAUAUGAAAACAUAAAGACUGAAUUUGAGCAGAAGAUUGCAGAACUCAACAGGACCGAAGACUCCAAAGCAGCACUCAUUCUGAGUGUGAUAAACCUGCACAAUGAGCUGAAGACUCUGAGGGAUCUGAUCCCAACCACAGCAGACCCAGAAAGGAUCUCAGAGCUGCAGAGGCAACUGGAGGAGAAACAAGCAGAACUGAACUCCAAGACUGAAGACAUAAAGAGACUGAUUCCCAACCCCAAAAUAAUUUUAACAAUCAUUGAGCUGCAGAAUGAGAUCUGGGACCUUCAGAAAUAUCCUACUAAUGCAACCACAAAUAACCGUAUCACAGAGUUGCAAGACAGAGUGGACGGCCUCAUCAGUGAAAUUAGCGACAAAGACAAUGAAAACAUGAAACUGACGCUGAAUAUCAUAACACUGAAGAGUCAGGUGGAGCAGCUGCAGAGACAGUUGUCAGACCUCCAGACGGUAAAAGCCUCUCAAGUAACCCAGCUCAAAAAUGAUCUUACUAUGAAGGAGAACGAGCUGCAGAAAUAUGCCAGUGAGCUGAAUGAGAAGAAUCAGGCAACUGCCAGAUUAAUUCUGAAAAUCACUGAUCUGAACAGCCAACUCAGAAAACUGCAACAAGAAAAGCAAAAUGACAACCAAACAACUUCUGCUGCAAUUACUAAGCUAAGAGAACAACUCAAGAUAAAAGUGGAGGAGCACAUUCGUGAUCAGGAAGAGAUCAAAGCUCUGGAGAAUAAACUGAAUGAGACGGAGGCUCAGUGUUCCAACUUUGAGCAGAAAAUUAAAGAUCUGCAGAAUGAUCUGACUGAGAAAAUGAAGGAACUGCAGACCCAGUCUGACAGUGUCACUUCACUUGCUCUUCAAGUUUCUACAUUAACCCUGCAACAGGAGGACUUAAAGAGGCAACUACAAAACACUGAAUCCAAAGCCAAAAGAACAGAACUUCAAAAACUAAUAGAUGAAAAGAGUAAAGAGGUGGCCACUAAAACAGAGGAGCUGAAAGCAAGAAGCACUCAGCCACAAAGACUUCUACAGAUUAUCGCAUUACAAACAGAAAUUGAGAAAAUUGUGAAUGUGGCAGUAAAUGACUCUGAUUACGCUAAGAUCAGAGCACUCGAAGACCAUUUGAAUUAUCUGGUCGAGGGAAUUCAAGACGAACACAGUGAAAAUAUCAAACUAGUGUUUAAGGUCUUGACUCACCAAGAAGAAAUAGCAAGACUGAGAAAGCAAGGAAAAAUUCAGACAAAAACUCUGUUAGAAAAGAUUAAAGGCCUGGAGGAUGAACUGGAGAAUGUCAGAAAUCAGAUAGCAGAAAAGACACUGGUGCUGGACUCAAGUGGCAUGAGGAUUACAAAUCUGUCGGCUCAGAUCAUGGAACUUCACAGCAAAAUCAAACCACUGGAAGAUGAAAUAUCAUACCUCAAGGAAACACACACUGAGAACCUUGAAGAGCUUCAAAAGAGAGUGAGUUUGAUAAGCAAGCAACUGCAAGACAGUGAACUCCGACUCAAGGAUGCAGAUGCAAAGAACUUUAACUUGAUAAUGGAGAUCGCUGAUCUGAGGAAACAACUGAAAAAGGCUCAGAGACAGUCAUCCAGAACUACGGCAAAAAACAUCAAUGAAUUGGAGCAACAACUUGAAACACAACAAAGAGAGAACAGAAAACUUGAAAACACAAAUAGAGAUUUAAGGCAAGAAGUUGAAGAACUGAAAACGUGCUGCAAUGAUGACAGAACCCACUGUGAAGAUUUACAAAGACAACUGCAACAGAGCCAGAGGGAUGCCGAUCGCCUGCAGCAGCAGCUACAGGAGAAGGAUGCCAUGCUCAGACAGCUGCAGCAGGAUUUAGAAGAACGAACCACGCAGAAUAGCCAACUGCAGGAAGGCUACGACCAUCUGCAAAAUGAGAAUGAAAAACUCAAUGAUGCUGUACAAGCUCUUCAAAACCAAAUAAAUGAUGUGGAAGAUAAGACGGUCCAUACUAGGAAGAUGACUUUGGAUCCAGACACAGCAAACCCAAGAGUAGUUCUGUCUGCAGGUAAUACUGAGAUGUCCACCACGGAGGAAAUACAAAACAUCCCUGACAGUCCAGGCCGGUUUGAUGUGGCUCUUGCUGCCCUGGGCAACACUGGCUUCUCAGCUGGUAGACAUUACUGGGAGGUGUCUGUAGCUGGGAAGAUUUGUUAUCAUGUUGGAAUGGCCAGAGAAUCUGCUCCAAGAAAGGGAACAAUUAGAUUCAACCCAACAAAUGGCUUCUGGACUAUAGUCCUAAACAAACAAGGCCAGUACAUAGCUAUUGAUAAGGUAUCUGCCAGUAUUCCAGUUCAGACACAACCUCUUACAUUGGGUAUUUUACUGGACUACAAAAAGGGGGAGAUUUCUUUUUAUGAUGCUGGUGCCAGAUCUCACCUGUACACAUUUAGAGGUCAAGAGUUUGCAGACAAAAUCUAUCCAUUUCUCAAUAUUUGUGUUGAGGAUGUUGAAAAUCAAACUCCAUUUGUUUUACUUACCCCUGGAUCAGUUGACUGGAUAAAAUAGGGAACUGUAUACGUUAAGCUUUGCCCUAUGUGUCAAAUCAUGGUAAUGUAUCACAUGCAUGAUCAUCUCAGUAUCAAAUAAAAUAAUCCCUGUAAAUGCAGAAUAGUUCUUACACAUACUUCUGUUAUGACUGCUGCUGAAUGUUUCAGACAAUUAAAACACUGCAAAUAUACAACAA